AUGUCACCCUUUGUACGUCUGGAGGGAGAUACUGCCAGUAGUGAGACCAACAGUACCGUACUGCAAGAACCACAAGCAGAAUGCCACGAAGACAGACCCUCAACCCCCGAACUCUGUCCAGUACACAAUCUUGAUACUUCUGAAGAUACUUCAGAAGAUGGCAUUGGAGAGCGAAAUAGCCUCACAAGAUUCACUAUUGUGCCUGAGGAAUUUGAUAACAGCACCGGCGAGCAGGCGAAUUUCUCAGCCGACUCUGUCGACUCUGUAAGUCAUCGUCCGGUAGUUUGCAGCUUCAACCAAUAUGGACGGCUGCUUCACUCUCGUGAAGAGGCGCAGGAAUUCCUCCGGGUGGCUCGCAUUGAGCUCCUCGCUAAGCUUCCACUGCAUCAUCCACUGUGGGACCGCAUGAAAAAAGAUGGUUUUCUGAAGGCUGACGAGUCGAUGCAAGAGGAUAUGUCAGAUGGAGGAGCUGCAUUGAAGGAGGUCAUGGGGGGCGAUGGUUGGUGGAAUGAAGAGGAUGACGAUGCGGAGGACAAAUCCUCAGAGGAUGAAUCUGAUGAGGAUGACGAAAAGGCUGCUGAAGAUGCUGCUGUAGAAGUAACCCCGAUUGAAGAUACCGCUGCAGAAAGUGCAGGGAGUUGGAGUCUGAGAGAUGCCUUCAGCGAAUCUUCUGAAGAGGAAUGA